ACAGCAACAAGUGGCAUGUCGAUGUGUAACGGAGAAUAGCGCGUUGCUGCUGCUGCUGCUACUGCUGACGUCACCGCUCCGGCCAGGUGGCAUUCCGCGCGCAGGGAGAGAGCGCGCGCUCGCUCGCGCGGAGGACGUGUAGGCACCGUCAGGAAAAAAAGGGAACCAAAAAAAGAAAAACAAAAAGUAAAUCCCACUAAAGGCAGUAAAAUGUGAGGCGGAACAGCGCAGCCGAAUCCUGCAAGACCACCACCGCCGCUGCUUUGGUCCUGGAGCUCGAGGAGAGAGAGAGAAAAGGGAAAAGGCUGCAGCGCGUGUGUGUUCAAGAGAGAGAGAGAGAGAGAGACGAAAAGAAAACACAGCGCGCGAGGCUCUUCCCUCCCCCGUUUGCUCGCGCUGCUGAGCGGCUGAAGCGGAGCGGCGCGCGUGCAGCAGCUGCAGCAGCAUGUCUUCCGCGCAGGUCGCUUCGUCACGGCGGCAGUCGUGCUACCUGUGCGACCUGCCCCGCAUGCCAUGGGCUAUGAUUUGGGACUUCACGGAGCCCGUGUGCCGCGGCUGUGUAAACUACGAGGGCGCAGACCGCAUCGAGUUCGUGAUCGAGACCGCGCGGCACCUCAAGCGCGCGCACGGAUUCCAAGACGGACGCUCUCCGGGCCCGGGAGGCGCGGGGGUCGUACCACCGCUGCCGGUGCCCCCGCCGCCGCUGCCACCUCCACCGUCGUCCUCGUCGUCGUCGCUGCCUCCGCUGCCCUCCGUGAAGUCGCACGGAAAGGAGACCACAGUGCAGCUAAACCACGUGGACGGCACAAGCAAGCAAGCGCAGCAGCAACAAGCGGGACUCGAGCGCUGCUACUCCUCGCGCUUCGACUACACGGGCACGGGCAUGAGCGCGCACGCGGCGCGCCUCCCCAACGGCCUCCUGAACGGCUUUCCGAAGACGGACGACGGACCUCCCGAGCUAAACCGCCAGAGCCCCAACUCGAGGCGGGGCGGCGGCACUCACGGACUGGUUUCUCUGCCUGCGCAGAUGAGCGUGCCCCCUAACCUGCUCCCACAGACCAUGCUUAACGGACCCGCUUCGGGCCUGGCCGCGCGCGCACCUCCCUCCUCAUCGUCUUCAUCCUCCUCCUCGUCGUCCGCUCUUGGACUUUCGGAACCGGGCAAGCGCCCCGCGUCCGUCUCGAGCACGGAUCAAGAGCGCGAGGCGCGCGAGAGGCAGCGCAACGCCGAGGCUCUGUCCGAGCUCGGGGAAAGUCUACGCAACCGAGCUGAAGAGUGGGCGAGCAAGCCCAAGCUCGUGCGCGACACUCUGCUUACACUGACUGGAUGUGCGCCCUUCGACGUGCGCUUCAAAAAGGACCACGCGCUCGCGGGCCGCGUGUUCGCCUUCGACGCUGUAGCCAAGCCGGGCGCAGACUACGAGCUAAAAAUCUUCGUAGAGUACCCGAGCGGCUCCGGCACCGUCUUCUCGAGCGCUUCAGGGGUCGCCAAGCAGAUGUAUCAUGACUGCAUGAAGGACUACGGCCGUGGCCUUUCGUCCGGCUUCAAGUACCUCGAGUACGAGAAGAAACACGGCACCGGCGACUGGCGUCUCCUCGGCGACCUGCUGCCCGAGCCCGUGCGCUUUUUCAAGGAAACCCUGGGUGCCGACAUGCUCCCCCAGCCGCACGUGGACGCGGGCUGCCCUCUACUCCCCUCUUCGGCUCUUGCCGGCAUGCUCCCACGCGCCUUACCGGCUUCAUCUGCUGCAUCUGCAAGCGCGCUGCGGGCGGGAGCCCGCAAACGCAAAGCCUCUCCGGAACCGGACUCGCUCGAGGAGCGACAGCAGCAGCAACAGCAAUGGAUGGCCAGCCAAAAUGCGUUGGCCGCGGUGGGGGGCUCAUUCGGGGCAUGCCACGGAGGACCACCACCACCAUUGGGCCCUGUACAUGCUAGCCGGGCCACUCCUCCAGAACCUGCACAGAACGGACAGUCGCCCAUGGCGGCGCUCAUGUCGGUAGCGGACGCUCUAGGCGGUGGAGGUGGAGGCGGCGGCGGGGGCGCGCAUUCCCCGAAGGACGCAAACUCUGUGCACUCCACUACAUCCGCACGCCACGGCAGCACCGGCAGCGGCGGCAGUGGCGGAGGUAGCAGUCCCGUAUCUCCGGCUUCGGUCUCAGGCCAGCGGCGCUUGGCCUCGCGCAACGGCGACUCACAGCAGCAGCAACAGCAGCAGGCGCACGCGGAGCACGCCGGUGCGCACGGGGCCCACGGCGUACCUGACUCUCCCAUGGCUGGCAGCGGUCCUCUGUGCUGCACCAUUUGCCACGAGCGCCUGGAGGACACACACUUCGUGCAGUGCCCCUCGGUACCCGGCCACAAGUUCUGCUUCCCGUGCUCGCGCGAGAGCAUCAAGGCGCAAGGCGCCACGGGCGAGGUGUACUGCCCCAGCGGAGAAAAAUGCCCCCUGGUCGGCUCCAACGUGCCUUGGGCUUUCAUGCAAGGGGAGAUAGCGACCAUUCUGGCCGGAGAUGUGAAGGUGAAAAAGGAGAGGGACCCUUGAAAUGCUGUUGAACAUUUCAACAGACCGACUCAAAUAAAUAUAUAUAAAUAAAUCUAUAUAUAUUAUAUAUAUAUAUAUAAAUAACCUUGUUGUGAAUAAUGUGUACAGAACACCUCACUCCUCCUUGUGUUUUUGUGUUUUGGGGGCUCUUGGAGCUCCCUCGAGCCUCUUGGGAAGGAGGACACUGUUGGCCCAGGACGGUGGAGAAGCACUUUGAGGUCACAGUCUGUUGUUUUUUUUUUUUCUUAUUUUUACAAAAAAAAAAAAAUCAGUUCACGCACUUCGUUUAAAGUGGUUACCACAUCCCAAAAACACAACACAACUCCCCUUCCCCUUCAAAAGACCCCCACCACCCCACUUUUUUUGUACAUGACAUGUUUUGUCAUUACUUACGGUAAGACGACUUGGUUGGUCACAUGAUUUUCCACGCCAAUCAGUGUCAGUGGGGCAUUUCUCUUCUGAUUUUUUUUAGUGUUUUUUUUCUCAUAAUGAUGUCUCUCUUUUAUAUCUCGUGCUCUCUGAAAGUAUGACUAUAGUUUACUACAUGUUUUUCAUUCCGACUCCUUUUGUUUUUGGUUUGGUUUUGUUUUGCAUUAAAGAUGCACGGAUGCUUAAGAGUAGAGCAAAAAUACUGUACAUUAACUGCUCUGUUUGUUUAUACGGUUCUGUAGUAACAGAAAACUUGUAACGUGCCUUGGAGCUGAGUCAAUUGUAAUAAAUUCAUUGGUAUGAA